AUGUGCAGGAUUGUAGAGGACCACACUCACGCCGAGGACACUCAAGAAAAGCCAAAACAACCUCCUCAAGCAGCGGUGGCCGCAGAAAUGAUCCUUCCGGAUACUAUGAGAGCAUUUACUGAGACUAUGCAGGCGGUCAUCCAAGAGAUCAAAGGGUUGAAGACGACCUUCCCGGGCGAUGCCCAAGGAAAGGGGAAGGGGCUGCCUGAAGGUCUCACAGUGCAGCCUGUGGAUGGGUGUCAGUUGCUGACCGUAGACAAGUCCGAAUUUGCCAUUGUCGGCACCGUUAAUCUUGAUUUCUUUGUGUAUGAGUCUGCGGAGGCGGCGACAGCCUCUUAUUUGGCCCGUCGCCAGGAUUCUCCCAAGGGACUCCGAUGUGACCCACCGUUUGUCUUUGUGGAGGCUACGUGUCCGUCCAGCGGUCUAUUGGAUGGCCUGUUGGGUGAACUGUAUCGUACUGCGAAGCCUUCUCCGAUACGUAAUUUGCCGCUGUCGGGGACUAUAGAUCGGGGCUCGGCCCAAGGGUCCCACGGGCCGACCACGCCUCCUAGAGCUGCUGGGGAUUCGGCCUGCUCCAAGGAUGGUGCUACCUCGUUUUCUUCGCCAGAGUCUACUGUCGUCUCUGGGGACGUAUGGAAGGAUACGGUCGAAAGUUUCCGCCAGGUUCUAGAGGAAGAGGUGAGCCCCUCGGCCUUCGUGUUCGUAGUCCCACCUGAAGUUGCGACCGCUGUCUCCAGCCUGUUGGAAGAGAUUGGAGCUUGGGAGCAAGCCCGUAUGUUCCCUGUAGAAGGUCUACUGGCCUGUAUGAGUUCGACAACUCCUACGGUGAGAUCGGUAGUCAACGACCAGCUCCUCGAGAAAGAAAAUGACGGUUUGGAGAAGCGUUCGUUGGAGGUGCGUUCUUCCGAAGAUCGUCCUGUGGCUUCGAUUAUCUCGCCUAGAAGACGUUCUUCCAAGGAUUUUGACUGGAGCACUGAUCAAGUUCUGCAACGAGCUGGGGUUCCUCACCCUGGCUGGGGUGAUGCUUUGAAACCUCGGCCCGAUGUACGGUUUAAUGAUGUAGUCGCACGCUCUUCGGCCCGGUCUGGUCGUGGAGACGUGUGGUGGUUAUACGACGACGAUAUUAAGGUCACGGAUCCUACCGAGCUUGAAGACCUUAAGGAUUUCUGGAAGGGUUUCCCAUCUGCCUGUAGAGGUCUCGCUGAAGACGCUGAGUUGGUGAUCGACCACCCUUUAUGUGCCGGCCAGAUCCCCGCUUGGGACUGGGAUGUCUCUGGCAAGAUGCUUUUCCUUAGUGAGCUACUUGCCGGCCCGAGGGUGUGGAGGAAGGAUGGUGAUAUUUGGCCUGAGCCUUAUUUGGUUGCGGCCAACGGUAUUUUGAGAUGGCUGAGAUCUGCCUCAGUUCCUGCUCUAACCGUCUUCUACCACUGUGGAGGAGGGCACAUAGAUGGCCCGGUAAGAAAUGAUUGCUCAGUAGUGUGUUGCUGUCAGCGUCAUUGCGAGCGAGCUCUACAUCAAGUUCAACGUUUGGCCCGGGUUAUGCCUCUCCGGCCCGAUGGUAUGGUCUUCGUUGCCCGUUCUCUUCGUGCUUUUCUGCCCGUGAUGAAGGAUGAGCUUGGUCGUGAUAGUGGUCUUCGUAAGCCUGAAGCCCUAGUCCAGCACAUCUACAAGUACGAGGCCGUUCGCGCAAGAGAGGGAGUACAGCCAUUCCCUAACGAAAAAGCCUUCCCUUGGCCCGAGGUUUACUCUGACAUCAAGCCUGACGAAUGGUUUUAUGCACCUGAGAUUGACGACGCCCGCCGCCAGCUGCGUCGUGAACAGUUGGCUGGCCCGUAUUCGUUGAACUCCUGGUGGAGGUGGGAUCCUAAGAUCGAGCUCGAGGACGUGUCCAAUUGGGUUUUGAAUCGCUAUAAGUCUGUCGGCCCUUAG